AUGACGUCUACUCAUAAUCCAAGUAUUCUACUGAAAAGAAUUCUAAAUCUUGUAGAACCAACUCCAUUACUUUUAAUAAAAGAUAAUAUUAAUCAUAAUGGUCAAACUAUUUUAAAUGAAAUUCUAAUAUCCAUAGCAUCUUCUCAUGAAGUGAUAUUCGUUUCAUUUGAGACGUUGAACAAGCCUAAAUUUGCUGAUAAGUUUAUUUGUAUGGAUAAUUUUAAUCAGAUAAAUAGGCUACCAGAAUUAGUUAAGACACACACCACAUCAGCUAAAAAAACUGUGAUUAUUAUUGAUUCAUUAAACUACAUAUCUUCUAAUGACAUUACUGGGAUAAUUGCUGAACUGAGUAGAUCUGGUAAUAUUAUUGGUAUCUAUCAUGAGGAUAUACCGGAAAAAUACAAUGAUGAUAAUGAAUAUUAUCCAAGCAUAAAUGGUUUAUUAGAUUUCAUGAGUAACAUUAUAAUUGAAAUGGAAUUACCCGAUGAGGAAGAAAUUUUAGAGAACAAUUAUAAAUUUAACAUUAAUAAAAAUAUGAAUCAAUUUAAUGAAAAUAAAAUAAAAUUAACUUACCGCAGAAAGUCUGGCCGUAGUCUAGAAUAUAAUUUCCAUAUUAAUUAUUUGAAACAUGAUUAUACUUUUAUAUCCGAGGAUCAACAGGAUACUAAUACAGUUGAAACUCCGGAAAUGCUACAGGGGUUAACUACCUUUAAUCUAUCUACAAGUGAUAAACAAAAGAAAGCUAAAGAACAGGUUGAUUUGCCUUUCUUAGAAGCUCAACAAUUCACAACAGGUGGUGCUAUUGUUUAUGAGUUUGAAAAAGAUGAUGAUUAUGAUGAAGAAGAUCCAUUUGAAGAUCCUUUUUGA